AUGGCCAGGAUCGACACCGUCAAAGGCUGGAUUGGCGCCGAUGCAAGUUCACAGCGUACCGAUCGCCUGCUGAGCCGCUCUGGCGACGCAGUGUACCUCGAGCGACUAAGGAAAGAAGUUGAGCAUACCAAACAAUACAUAAAACAGGCAGACAUCGCCAUCAGCUCGUUGAAACAGGCAGACCGCCAGGACUCCGCUUCUGAGAAGAGACGCGUGGUGGCUCUCUAUGAUAGUUAUGCCCGAGUGCCAUUUGUGCCCGACAAGGAUGAGGUUAUUGGGUCUGCCACAGCAUCUACAGCACUCCGGAACUCGGUGGAAGACUACAGUGAGGCCAUCGCCACAUUAAGCGAAUCCAAGGUUGAUCCCGAGGAGUUGACCCUCUUGAUGGACGAUUAUCGGGACAUUGUACAUCACACCAGCCGGACAAACGAGAAAGGUCUGAGCAAGCUCAAGGAAAUGGACAGCAAGCUCGCCGAGUUGGAGCAGGAAGUGUCGUUGGUGAAUAGAGCACGUACGCAGCUCAAGUCCAGGCUCAAGGAUGCUGACCAAAUGUCGUCGUUGCUCUCGUUGCACUUGAAAAGAGUGCUAACGAAAUAUCUAGCAGUUCAAAACUGGGAAGAAAAAGUGGUGAUGGACUCGCCAGCCUUGAAAUCAACAAUCAGACUGAUCAUGCUCAUGAUUGACGACUUAUUGACUGCACCCCAAGACUCGUGGGUCGAGAUAGUGCCCACUAGCAUUACAGCACAGCUCGUCAAGAUCUUGGUAUUCAAAAGCAUUGUAAUUUCACGAGAAGACUCCACCCCCAGCAUCUACUACUUGAGAAUACGCAAUUUUGGGAUCCAGGUAUAG